AAGAAGAGAGAGAAGGGAAGAGAAGACAAAGUCAGGUGAUUAGUAGUGCAUCUAAAGAAAAAAUAUGUGAAAAAAAGCUUACCACCUUGUAAAGAUUUGCACACACACACACACACACACACACACACACACACACACACAAAGCAAUGUCACUGGUAUAGAUGAGACAAUUGAAAAGAUUAGGGAGAAAAAAAUAAUCUUUAGAACCUUAAAAGGCUUGGCCCUCCAUUUUAAAUUUGUGCUUAAAUCCAGGAGCCUAUUUGAAGAAAUUGCUCCCGACAGACUAAGGUGACAGAAGUUUUAUUCAUGAAAGCUGACGUCCAUGAAAGUCUGUGUCAUGCAGUCUAAGUUAAUAUUAACCCCUCCUUUCCAAUAAAAGUGUUGGAUGCAUAUAAAUGUCCCAUCAGACUCUUUACUGUGAGUGGCUUUCUUAUCGCUCUUUUCCUGGACAGAAUCAGGUGAGAUACGCAGACUUCACUGUACAUCGUGCAUAGACACACAUAGACAGGAAGUAACAGUAAAGACGUGUCUAAACUAACCUCACGUGCACAGAGGAAUAACUUCUCCUACUGUUGAUUUAGACGCUGUAGUGGGAGCAUCAUGAACUGCAGGAAAGGUUACAAGAGAAGGACGUAAUGUGCCCCAAUGUUCUUCCUUUUCUAUUACCUGAGCCCUAGGACAGGGGGAGAAUAGAUCUUCUCCAAGAAAGCCAGAAAAUCUCCUUCCUUGAAGAAGGAAAAUCAAUUUUCCUUAAGCAGAUGACUCAAUCACAGAGAUAGAUAAAGGCCUGAAUGAAACAAGUAUUGCAGAGAAAAGGUGCAGGGAGAAACAUUGUAUCCUGAAAGGCAAUUCAACAAGUCAAUAUUGGGGUGGGGAUGGGUAUGAUGGAAACUAGUGUAUAGAGAUGUCUUACCCAUUUCUUUUAAGUUAACCCAGUAGCCCUGUUUAGUUACCUUGUUUAUUUAGAGCUCGAGUCAGUGGCCGUGAAUUGUCAAUGCCUUGGAGAAACUAACUUGUUUUCCUGGAUUCCUCCUUGAGCUCACCUGGGCACCCAACUCUCUGAUCCAAUCUGGCAAGUUUGGACCAAACACCUAUGUGUUCCCUGUUGACAAAACAAGCUGAGUUCGGUGGUGAUCCAUUAGGGAAUAAAAGGGCCUGUGCGUCCCAGCUUCCACAGACGUCACCUUCCUUGGAGCAAGACACCAUGACCAGCCAGUCUCAGGGGAUUCAACAGCUCCUGCAAGCAGAGAAAAGGGCCAAAGACAAGCUGGAUGAGGCAAAGAAGAGAAAAGGAAAGAGACUGAGGCAAGCUAAGGAAGAAGCCGUGGCAGAGACCGACCAGUACAGAAUGCAGAGGGAGAAGGAGUUCCGCCUGAAGCAGUCUAAGGUGAGGAACACAGCAGCCCCACCUCCAGGUACUCAGAUAAUGGGCUCUCAGAGCCACCUCUCGGAUGAACUCGAAGAGCAAACACUGGAGAAGAUAAAGGAAUUGAGCGGAAGCUACCACAAGUGUAUGGACAGCGUGAUUAAGCAGCUGUUGAGCAUGGUGUGUGAGAUGAAACCAGAAGUCCACGUGAACUACAGAGCCACCAGCUGAAUGUACCUCGUCCUUCCAAGCCCACAGAAAGAGUCGGGAUAUGCUCUGUUAGGAUGAAUUGUCCACCGAAGUUGCCUACACGCUUUCAUGUCACGUAUUUCUUGUGUGGCACGGAAUUAAAAAAUAAACAACAUGGUGUCAUUUC